UUCUCAAUGAAAUUCUUUCUUUUCUUUCUGCUUGUUUCUUUUGUAAAAUCAUGCGUGUUUUUGCAGAGAGUUCAUACCCGACCCAUUUCUCUGCGGGCCAACAGGGACACUAAAAUUGGCGUCUGGGAAAGUAUAAAUUAGAGAGAGCGCCUGAAACUGAAGGAGAAAACCUCCAGAUCUCCAUAGUCGCCAUACAAGAGUCCGACUUUUUCAAAUAAGAUGAGCAUAGCACUCUCAACAUCAAAGCAUCCAAAACUCAUUCGCGUCUUUGAAUCCAGCACCGUCGGAUACUCUCUACUUCCCCGUCGUCUCUCAACUGAACCUACCGCCUUACCACCGCCAUCACGACAACAAAACGACGACUCCAUCGUAAAGCGAGCCGUGCAACUUCUUAAAAUCUCCUACCGUGAAUGGGACACAACCCAACUCAUUCACCUCCUCUUCUCCGAUCCUGCCCCUUCUUCUCGCGUUCUCUUCCAAAUAGCCCGCCGCUUGCCUUCCUCCUCGCACGCCCUCAAAUUCCUUCAGUUUCUCCAAGAGAAGUCCCCAUUUCCAGAUACUCAGGCCCUCUCCUCUACAUUCCAGGCCAUCUUGGAGCUCGCUAGCCGUGAACCUGAUUCCCGCACUAAUUUAUAUGACCUCUAUAAGGUAUCCAAAGAGUGGAAUAUUCCACUUACAAUCAAUUCCGCCACCCUUCUACUUCGCUGUUUUGGAAGAAAUGGUUUAGUGGAGGAGUCUGUCAUUUUGUUCAAUGAACUUGAGCACUCUUCCAAGAAUACGCACGUUCGCAAUGUUUUGAUCAGUGUGCUUCUGAGAGCCGGGCAUGUUGACCAUGCGUUUAAGGUGGUCGAUGAAAUGCUUCAACCAGAGUUUGAUUAUCGUCCGAGUGAUGUUACUGGUGAUAUUAUUUUCUCUGGGUUGAUGAAGAGAGGACGUUUAGGGAGGACUGUAGAACUAGAGGAGAUAGUUGAAUUGGUGUUGAAAUUCGGGCAGUUUGGUGUUUUUCCUAAUUCAAUUGGGAUAACACAGAUUAUCGCUAUGCUAUGUAGGAAUGGAAAGACUAAUAAAGCUUGUGAUCUUUUUCUUGAAUUGAUGAAUCUGGGAGCUGCUUUGAAGGUGGCUACUUGCAAUGCAUUAUUGACAGGAUUGGGGAAGGAUAGGUAUAUUGAUAGAAUGAACGAAGUCAUGGCCAGGAUGAAGGAAAUGGAUAUUGAGCCAAAUGUUAUCACCUAUGGCAUUCUUAUUAAUCACCUCUGCAAGUUUAGAAGAGUUGAUGAGGCUCUGGAGGUGUUCCAGAGGAUGAAUGGAGGUCAAGAGGGUGAUGGGGUUUCAGUUGAACCAGAUAUUGUUAUUUUUAACACAUUGAUUGAUGGACUUUGUAAGGUUGGGAGGCAAGAAGAAGGUUUGGGUUUGCUGGAGAGGAUGAAAUUGCAAAGGGACUGUGCUCCUAAUACUGUUACCUACAAUUGUUUGAUUGAUGGUUUUUGUAAAGCUGGUGAAACAGAGAGCGGACUAGAGUUGUUUGAUGAGAUGACCAGAGAGGGGGCUGUACCAAAUGCAGUCACUGUUAAUACUUUGGUUGAUGGUAUGUGCAGAAAUGGGAGAAUCAAUAGUGCAGUUAAGUUUUUGGAUGAGAUGCGGAUGAAAGGUUUAAAAGGCGAUGUUCGUGCGUAUACUUCUCUAAUCAAUGCUUUUUGUAAUGUGAACAACAUCGGGAAGGCAAUGGAAAUUUUUUAUCAAAUGUUGAGAGAGGGAUGCUCUCCAGAUGCAAUGGCUUACUAUAACUUGAUCUCUGGUUUGACCCAGGCUAGAAGGAUGGAUGACGCCACUUCUGUUUUGUCAAAGUUGAAAGAAGCUGGGUUUCAUCCUGACAUUGUGUGCUACAAUCAUAUGAUUAGUGGUUUUUGCAACAAGAACAGGAUGGAUAAAGUUCAAGAGAUGCUUAAUGAUAUGGAAGAAGCAGGAGUAAACCCAGAUAUCAUCACAUAUAACACUUUAAUUUCUUAUUUCAGCAAAACUGGAGAUUUUAAAAUUGCUCACAGAAUGUUGAAUAAGAUGUCCAAGGACGGUGUAUGGCCUACGGUUGUCACAUAUGGAGCUCUAAUUCAUGCAUAUUGCUUAAAUGGCCAUGUUGAUGAAGCAAUGAAGAUUUUCAGAGGCAUGGAUGCUACUAGAAAGGUAGCACCCAAUACCGUUAUUUACAAUAUCCUGAUAGACUCCUUGUGCAAGAAUAAUGAUGUAGAGCUAGCUCUGACGUUAAUGGAUGAUAUGAAAGUUAAGGCCGUGAGACCAACUACUACAACAUAUAAUGCCAUGUUCAAAGGUCUUCGGGAUAAGGGUUUGCUGAAGCAAACCUUUGAAUUAAUGGAUAGAAUGAUAGAGCAGGCUUGUAAUCCUGAUUAUAUCACCAUGGAGAUAUUGACAGAAUGGCUGUCUGCUGUUGGUGAAACAGAGAAGCUAAAACAAUUCGUUCACGGACAGAAGGUUUCAGCUUCAGGAGCAUUUGUUAGCGAUUCGCUGUCCUGACAAUUUGAAUUCAUUCAGGAGGGACCAGACACUACAGUUUCCCAUUCAUACAGCUUCUCUGUUCAGAUCUGCAAUAGCUUGGUGGUUCUUUGAAGCUGAACUUGCUUGUAGAACCUUCGUGCUUAAACAUGUAUCCAUGUGGGCAUUUGCAAUUCCAUGCAAACCUUUGUAGAGUUGGCCAACCUCGUAUCGAAGGAGGGAGAAAGGAGGAGGAUUGAUGCUAAGUUAAUCGCAGAGUUUGAUUUGUGCUUGUUGCAAGCUUUAUGCUGUUGAAUCGUAAGACAUGGAAUACUUCCUUUGCAAAAUCAAUUCUGGAGUUAUAAUUAGCUUUAACAUAGCCAAAUUUUCUUGGCUUGACUAGGCAAGGAUUUUGCACGGCUGAGCUUGCAUCGAAAUUUCUCAUACCAUAAAUAGUUUCCCUUCCUUUCUAAUUCUGGAUACACGAUUCAUAAUUGUGUAUUAACAUUAAUUUGCUGUUACAAUUACUAUGUAUUUGAUAAAUGGCAAGUUAUUCCAUCAAAUAUCUGUCAUUUGAUUAUUUAUUUGACUCUGCUAAAUCCGUCUGUUGAAAGCUUAAUCUUACUAUGUCAGUAUUCUGAUUCUCCCCGAGGAUCCAAGGAAGAGUUUAACCGUUUCUAAUCCUGGUACGUCUGCCGUACAUUGGCCAAUACGCCAUGGAUAAUUCCUUCUUCGAGAAGUAAUUUCCCAGUGGCCUAAUCAACCAAUACAUACCAUCCCAUUUUUGU